AUGGGCCGGUCACCAUGCUGCGACAAAGUGGGUUUGAAGAAAGGGCCAUGGACAUCUGAGGAAGACCAGAAGCUUUUGGCUUCCAUUCAAGAACAUGGCCAUGGAAGCUGGCGUGAGCUUCCAGAAAGAGCUGGGCUUCAGAGGUGUGGUAAAAGCUGCAGAUUAAGAUGGAUAAAUUAUUUAAAGCCUGAUAUCAAGAGAGGAAAGUUCACCUCCCAAGAAGAACAGACCAUUAUUCAGCUUCAUGCUCUCCUUGGAAACAAAUGGUCGACCAUUGCAAUGCACUUACCAAUGAGAACUGACAAUGAGAUAAAGAACUACUGGAAUACACGUCUAAAGAAGAGGUUAACCAAGAUGGGAAUUGAUCCGAUGACUCAUAAGCCCAACAAUCACGGUCUCGGUUCUAGUCAGUCCAAGGAUGCUGCGAAGCUCAGCCACAUGGCUCAGUGGGAGAGUGCUCGACUCGAAGCAGAAGCAAGGCUGGUUCGUGAGUCGAAAAUCGCUUCCAACCCUUACAUUUGUCAGUUCCAAAACAAAGACAAGGCUAUGUGGCCUUUAGCACAACGGUGUCAGCCACCGUGUUUGGAUGUACUAAAAGUCUGGCAACGUAGCUGGGCAAAGCCAAAAGAAGAGCAUGCAACAAUUGUUAACAGUUUUUUCAACUCCCCAAACACUACCUUAAACUUCUCGGAAAAUAUUUUCACUAUUCCUUCUGUUGGAUUUGGUGAGCAACAUUCAUCCAUUAGUUCCAUUAAUUGCAUCCAGAAUUUGGGUCCAUUUGAAGUUGGGACCAGCUCAAAAGAAGAAAAUAUUCAAAAUGACAACCAUCCCCGGAUCAAGGGCAGAAUGGAGAAUUCAUUUGAUUAUACUAAUUAUAUUGCCGACUCUUUAAGGGUUCCAAGCUUAAUGGAGGGCGUCACAGAUCUUGUGGUGGACUCUGAUAAUGUCGUUGAAAACUGUAUUAGAGAUUUUGAAGAGAAUAAGAAUUAUUGGAACAGCCUACUCAUGGUGACUUCGCCUAUGGAUUCUCCAAUGUUCUAA